AACUUACAUAUGCGUGAGAUCGAUUUUAUUAGCAUGUCAUCGUAUUGCAACGGUACAAUAUCAUUCGGCUUCACAACACAGUUCAACAUAUCCUCAUUUAUAAGUGGAAUAUUUCAUCAGUAACCCUUUGUGUGUAAUCUUCCGAUCAUACUCAACCCUGUUGACGGUCCAAACAAUCGUUACACUUCGAAUAAGUUAUCCAUGGCCUCUACCAUAGCGAAAACCGUUCUGCUAGCACCAAGCGCAUUCGUCCUCUUGAGCGGAGUCCUUACACUUGUAUUCCCCCACACUGUCACUGGGACACCGCAGCUGGCAGGCACGCCCCCUGCAGCACUCAACAUCCUCGGUGUGUCAUCUGUCGGUCUGGGCCUGGUGUUAACUCAUGUCGCCUUGAAAUUGAACAAGGAGGUGUUCUACCUCAACAUAGUCGGCCGUGCAGUGGCGGUUGUUGCUUUCUGGCAUGCGGGACCACCUUUGCAGCGACUGGCAGGUUUUGAGGGUAUCAUGGGUCUUGCGACCGCUGCGGCACUUCGAUAUGUUUAGGACGGUGCAUGGAAACGGGGUACGUGUAUACACAUUCGACACCACUCGACAUUUGUACCAUACCGGUGGUCAUGACGGCUGGUGAAUCAUCUAUAGUCGCAAAGCACAUAAUUUCACAGCAUGGU